AUGACCAAAACGACACCGGCUAAUGGUUCUGUAGACGUCGUCCUACGUCGACGCUCCGGCAACUAUCAGCCUUCUCCUUGGGACCAUCAUUAUCUCCUCUCCGUCGAGAAUAAAUAUGCGACGGAAGAAAUAUUUAUCACUAGAGAUUUGUUGAAGAAUAAGGUGAGGAAGAUGCUUGAUGUUGAGAAGACGAGUUGUCUCGAACAAUUAGAGCUCAUCGACGAUCUCCAAAAACUUGGGGUUUCGUAUCAUUUUAAACCAGAAAUAAAUAAAAUCUUAACGGAUUUUCAUCAUAAGAAUGGAAGAAAUGAAUGUAACAAGGAAGAAGAUUUACAUGCCACCGCACUCGAAUUCCGACUUCUUAGACAACAUGGUUUUGAUGUCUCAGAAGAUAUAUUUGAUGUGAUCAUCGAAAAAAUAGAAAGUGAUACGUUCGAGAGUGACGACAUAAAAAGUAUCAUCUCUUUGUAUGAAGCGUCGUAUCUCUCUACUACAUUAGAUACUAAAUUGCAUAAAGUCAUCAGACCUUUUGCAACAGAACAAGUUGAGAAAUUUGUUGAUAGUUUUGAUGAUGAUGAUACAUACAAUAUUGAGGAGCGUGAGAGGGCGAUCCAUGCGUUAGAAAUGCCAUACCAUUGGAGAAUGAGAAGGUUAGAGACGAGAUGGUACAUAGACGCAUACGAAAAGAAACAUGACAUGAAUCUUGUCUUGCUCGAAUUCUCCAAGAUCGAUUUCAACAUCGUACAAAUUUCUCAUCAAGAAGAUCUCAAAUACGUUUCAAGGAUCAUGACAAUAGUGAAUGCACUUGUUACAACCAUAGACGACAUCUACGAUAUCUAUGGCACUCUUGAAGAACUUGAACGCUUCACUGGCAUGGUCGAUAAUUGGGAUAUAAAUCGACUUGAUGAGCUACCCGAGUACAUGAGGUUGUGUUUUCUUAUUUUGUACAAUGAAAUCAACAGCAUUGGAUGUGAUAUUCUCAAGUACAAAAAUAUUAAUGUCAUCCCUUUUCUCCAAAAAUCGUGGGCAGAUUUAUGUAAAGCAUAUCUAGUUGAAGCAAAGUGGUACAAAAGAGGAUACAAACCAAGCGUGGAGGAGUACAUGCAAAAUGCUUGGAUUUCAAUUUCGGCCCCAACAAUAUUAAUCCACUUUUACUGCGUUUUCUCUAACCAAAUAUCAGUUCAAAUCUUGGAGACACUGUCUCAACAUCAACAAGACGUCGUCCGAUGCUCUGCCACCGUUCUCCGUCUAGCUAAUGACCUUGGAACUUCGCCGGAUGAAUUGGCUAGAGGUGACGUUCUCAAAUCGGUCCAAUGUUACAUGCAUGAGACAGCUGCUUCGGAGGAGAAAGCACGUGCGCACGUGCAUCGGAUGAUCAGUGACACGUGGUCAGAAAUGAACUACGAAACAAAAACGGCACGCAGUUCUGUAUUGGGACUUCAUCGAGGUUUUGUGGAAGCUGCGAUGAACCUGGCACGCAUGUCGCAAUGCAUGUAUCAAUACGGUGACGGUCAUGGAUGUCCGGACAAAGCUAAAACCGUUGAUCGUGUCCUAUCUUUGCUUGUUAAUCCAAUCCCAUUUGAGUAG